AUGGAGGAGCAUAUUCGCCGGGAUAAAAAUCCGCCACAAUCAAAUUCAAAACCUGGAGUUUUACACGGCAAUUCUUUAACUGCUACUACAGUUAUUGAACCUGGGACCUCUAACGGUAAUUCUUCAACUGCUGUCACGAUUACAGAAAUUGUGGAUAAAAAACUUGCUAUUAUUCCGAGACUGGAUGGGUAUGAUUCUCAGCUUCCGUGUACUUCAGAGAUUAAUGAAAGAAAUCCUGAAAUCAUGGUACACACUGAUGUUAUUGGGAUAAAGCAAAAUACCGAAAAAAUUUAUGACAGUUGGAUCAGCAUACCAAUUAUGUAUGAGGAAAAUUUGGUGGAUAAUACUUUGCCUAUUUCAAGUAAACCUCUACCUGACUUGGUGAUAAGUUCUUUGUCACAUGACCAAGCACGUGGAACAAACAAAAUAGACAACAUUCAAGUUCAACACUUAGUAAUAUUACGGGCAAAAGAUCCCUCUGUCGUGUUUAUAGCCGAGACAUGGGCAGAUGAAGCAAGGCUAGAUCGUACACUUAGUAAUAUUAAUUUUGAUCAGAAGUGGGUGGUACCAAGAACUACUAGAGGGGGUGGUUUGGUUCUGUUUUGGAGAAAUUCUGUGAACUUGACUGUAGUAGGUUCCCACAAGUAUUACAUUUAUGCUAUUAUAAAUAAAAAUGGUAAUGAUGAGUGGAGGUUCACAGGCUUUUAUGGUGAACCAGAUUCCUCGAGAAGGAAUGAAGCUUGGGCAAAGCUUAGAAGUCUGAACAAUAGUCAAAAUAUUCCUUGGUUGUGUGCUGGCGACUACAACGAAAUAAUCAGACAAGAAGAAAAGAUUGGUGGAGCUUUAAGAAGCUUCCAUCAGAUGCAACGUUUCAGAGACGUGAUUGAUGAGUGUGGCCUUAUGGAUAUGGGUUUUGUGGGUCCUUCGUACACGUGGAGUAAACAUUUUGAUUCUGGCCAGUCUAUUUGGGAGCGAUUAGACCGGGGUUUGGCUACGAACAGUUGGUUUUUAUCAUUCCCAGGUACAAAAAUUCACCACCUUCAUUGUUACUCUUCGGAUCAUUUACCUUUAUUUAUUAACCUAUCUGGUUUGGAGCUCCCUGUAAAAAGGAAAGUUUUUCGAUUCGAAGAAAUGUGGCUGUCAGAUGAGAGAUGUGGGGAAACUGUUGAAGCUGCCUGGACAAGUACUGAAGGUUCGGAUCCUAGUAGUGCAAUUCUAAAGAAGGUAGCUAAGUGUGAACAGGACUUAACUUGGUGGAAUAGUAAUUGCUUUGGAAAUGUUAGAAGGACUUUGGUAGACAAGAAUAAAUUGCUGGCUGCUGCAAAAUUGGAAGCGAUGAGAACUGGAAACAAUUCUACUGUUCGCCUAUUAAAAGCCGAGGUUAAUGUAUUGAUCGAUAGAGAAUCUAGAUUGUGGAGCCAAAGAUCUAGAGUUUUGUGGUUGAGUAAAGGAGAUAGCAAUACAAAAUUUUUCCACAGUAAAGCCACCAAGAGAUUUCGAAAAAAUUCAAUCUUAGGCAUUCGAGAUCCAUCUGGGAGGUGGCUGAACCAGGCAGAGGAUAUUGGCCAGGCCUUUAUCAACUAUUACACCGAUCUCUUCUCUUCCUCAAAUUCGACUAGCCAAGGUGGGACUCUAGAAAAAAUUCCCACGGUAGUAACAGAAGAUAUGAAUGCUGAUCUGAGGGGAAUCUUUCAUGAGUGGGAAAUCUUGGAUGCUAUUAAACAAAUGGCGCCAUUAAAAGCCCCUGGCCCAGACGGAAUGCCUCCGUUGUUCUACCAACACUUUUGGCCUGUGGUGGACAAGGACGUGACUAGCUCAGUGCUCAUGUGGUUGAACUCAGAUGAUAGUUUGUUAUUCUGUAGAGCCAACUUGGUUGAAUGUAGUAAUAUUCUAAAGCUCCUUGGGGUGUAUGAGCAAUCAUCAGGCCAGAAGAUCAAUAAGGAAAAAACAGCACUUUUCUUUAGUAAAUCCACCCCACAAGCAACUAAAGACUCUAUCAAAAGACUUUUAGGUGUUCAAGAGAUCAUGUUCUAUGAGAAAUACCUUGGGCUUCCUUCUUUGGUUGGAAGAGGUAAGAAGGCUAGUUUCAAUUACAUUAAGGAGCGAGUGUGGAGAAAGUUACAAGGGUGGGAAGGAAAGUUAUUGUCUCAAGCCGAGCGGGAAGUUCUAAUCAAGGCCGUAAUCCAAGCCAUUCCGUCCUAUGCUAUGGGGUGUUUCAAGCUCCCUUUGGGCCUUUGUCAUGAGAUUGAAGCUAUGGUCAAGAAGUUUUGGUGGGGUCAAAGAGGAGAUAGAAGGAAAAUCCAUUGGUUGCGAUGGGAUGAUCUUACCAAAUCAAAGCUGGUUGGUGGAUUGGGUUUUAGAGAUCUAAUUCACUUUAAUGAUGCUCUUUUGGCGAAGCAAGCGUGGAGACUGAUGAACAAUAGGGAAUCACUUUUCUAUAAGGUCUUUAAGGCUAAAUUCUUUCCCCAUUGCUCCAUUCUUGAUGCUCAAGAGUCACCUUCGGGUUCCUAUGCUUGGAAAAGCAUUCUUAGAGGUAGGGAUAUCAUCCUAGAGGGAGCGUGUUGGAGGGUUGGUAAUGGCAGUUCUAUAAAGAUUUGGCAGCACCACUGGCUGCCAAUAAAACAUCCAACUAGAAUUUCCUCCCCAGUUCUGGAGUCUAUGGAGGAAGCUACUGUGGACUGCCUGAUUAAUGCAGAAUCUAGAAGCUGGAAUGAUGAGAUGAUUGACGGUAUUUUUAUUCCACAGGAGGCGGAGCUUAUUAAAAAGAUCCCCCUAUCCCGGUUUGAAGCGAAUGACUCUAUUUUCUGGCCUUUGUCUCCAAAUGGACAGUACUCAUGCAAGCUGGGGUAUCGAUUUCUGAAAGAGGAGAUGGAGUUCAGCUGGCUUGAAGAACCUCCAGAUUAUGAGAAAGGCUUGUGGAAGGCAAUCUGAUCUCUUGAGUCCCCAAACAAGGUAAAACAUUUGAUUUGGAGAGCUUGCAAAAAUUCUCUCCCAACCAAAGGGAAUUUAGUACGUCGGCACAUCAUUACUGACCAAUCAUGUGAUAGAUGUUCAGGGGGAUGUGAAGAUAUUCUACAUGCAGUAUGGAGUUGUACAAAACUUGAUGUGGUUUGGGGAGCAAUGGACUUGUGGAGGUUUCGGGCUCAGUCUACCUUUCAAAACUUUGGUGAGUUAAUGGCUUCGGUUAUUAAAAAUGAUAAAUCUCCUGAGCUAUUUGCUAUGUUUGUUUGGUCCAUUUGGACACAACGGAACCAACUAAGGACCCAGCAACCUUGUUGUUCCACAUCCCAUUUGGCUCAAUCUGCCAAUGAUAGGUUCCUGGAGUUCAAGGCAGUCCAACCAGCAACUCUUCCUAGUCAGAGACAACAGCAAGUUACUUGGUCUCCCCCUGCACCUAAUGCCUUCAAGAUUAACUAUGAUGGAGCAAUCUUUGCCGAUACUAACAGAUCAGGUAUUGGUGUAGUUAUUCGUAAUGGUGACGGUCUUGUGAUUGCUUCGUUGGUGCAACCGCUGAACCAAGCUUUCAAAGCAGUGGAGAUUGAAGCGCUGGCUGCAUCUCGUGCUCUUGAGUUGGCUGCUGACAUUGGCCUUGACAAUGUAAUCUUGGAAGGGGAUUCUAAAGUGGUGACACAAGCACUGGAAACAGAGGAUGUGGGCUGGGCUGUUUAUGGUUUGCUGAUUAGAGAUGCUUGUACCUUAGCUAGGAAUUUUUCAGAAGUGUCUUACUCUCAUACAAAGAGAGAGGGCAACAAAGUUGCGCACGGUUUGGCUAAGUUAGCUGCAAAUUUAGCAGAUUGUGUAAUUUGGAUGGAAGAAGUUUCACCAUCUAUUUCAUUUUUUGUACAGGCUGAUUUGGCCCCCCAUUUCCAGUGAAAUUUGAAGUCUUCUUUCUCAAAAAAAAAAAAAAAAAAAAA